AUAAAAAGCAUCAAACUCAUCAACAGAUUUCAUCGAAAAGUUUCCUAAAAAUCAUGGUUGGACCUCGAAUCGACCCAUUCUCGUUUCCAAAAGACAUGGAAGAAGGAAUGAGAAAUGUCGCCUUUUGCACAGUUAGUUCAGGUGAUGGACCAAUUUACAUUGAUUGGUACAAGAAUGGAGUCAAAUUGGAUUCAAAUGGGUUCGGCACUCGAAUCGAGAUGCUCAAUAGCUUUACAUCAACGAUAACCUUUCAAUCAUUAACAACCCAACACACUGGUAAUUACACUUGUCUAGCAUCCAAUUCAGCAGCCAGUGUCAACUUUACUGCUGAAAUGAUAGUCAAAGUUUCACCAACUUGGAUCAAAGAGCCAGUUGACUUGGAAGUCAUCAAUGGAGCAAAGGUUAUUCUUGAUUGUCAAGCAGCUGGAUUCCCCGAGCCUCAGAUUCGUUGGAAAAAGGAAGAACUCGAUUCCAACGAAGCCAAAGCUACUUUUAAAACUAUCAUAAGCAAUCCUCACAUGCAUAUUCUUGAGAAUGGUUCAUUGUUCAUCUCAUCAAUUGGAUCAUCUGAUUCAGGCAAAUACAUGUGCCAAGCAACAAACGGAGUCAAUCCUGCAUUGAGUAAAGUGAUUAACGUAAAAUCUCACAGUCCGCCCAUUUUCGAUUCAACUUUUGUGUCGAAAAUUGUAAAGAAAGGAGAUUCUCUGAGUUUAUCAUGCAAUGCUUCAGGUGAUGAGCCGAUUGUCUAUCAAUGGAAAAAGGAUGACAUUGAUUUGGAUCAAUUGAUGAUUGGAGGUCGAUAUAGAUUGGAUGAGAAUAAGAAAAGUUCACAAGAAAAUUUUGCUUCGGGUUCGAUAUUGGCCAUUGGUGUAGUCGAUAGAAGUGAUUCAGCCUUGUUUACCUGUACAUCAACCAACUCGUAUGGUUCAGCCGAGAAAACGUUUCGAUUGAUUGUUCAAGAACCACCAGAGACUCCGAUAAAUUUAAACUUGAAUGAGAUUAAAAGUGAUUCUGUCCUAUUGACUUGGAGUGAACCUUAUAAUGGAAACUCGCCAAUCAUUGAAUAUAUUGUGCAAUAUCGUUCAACGGGUUCCUCGGGAUGGAGUUCAAAAGUGAGCGAAUCUCGCGAUUCAAGUUUAUCGACUUCACUUACACUUGAAAAUCUCAAGGCAACAACCAACUAUGAGAUUCGAGUGAUUGCCAAGAAUGCUCUUGGUUCAUCAGAACCUUCCCAGCAAAUUACCUUGGUUACCUUGGAGAAAGAGCCCGUUUCCCCACCUCAAGAUGUGAGAAUCACUCCUAGAGGUUCAAGUGUGCUUAAGGUCUCAUGGAGUCCACCCAAGCCUCCUGAAGGUGAUAAGGAGCCAAGGAUAACAGGCUACCAUAUUGCCUACCGAAAAGCGGAAAGUGACUCGCCUUAUUUCAUUAAGACCAUUGAGGUUGCACCAAAUAAAGUAAAUGGUCGAGAAGAGUACUUAAUAGGAGGAUUGGAGCGGUUGACUAGGUAUGAGGUUAAGGUGCAAGGAUUCAACAUGGCAGGUGAUGGACCCUUUAGUGAUCCAUUGGCUGCUGAGACACUUCAAUAUGAUGCACCAAAAGCGCCAAUCGUAACUAUACUAGGUUCGACACCAAUGACCAUUGACUUGUCCUGGGAGCCAACCGGAGAUGAGCCAGUUACAGGUUAUCUAGUCUUUUACCGAGCGGAAGGUAAAGAAUGGAUUUCACAGCAAGUCAGUUCGAUAACUUCAUACACCAUUUAUAGUGCUCAAUGUGGUACUCGAUAUCAAAUUUACGUUCUUGGCAUCAACGAUGCUGGACAAGGUGAUCACAGUGAUACAGUAAUUGCUCGAACCGAAGGAACAGCUCCAGUUGCCCCAGAUAAAUCGUCAUUCCUCCAGUCCAAUUCAACUUUUGUCUUGCUCAACCUUCACUCUUGGCAUUCAAAUGGUUGUCCUAUUUUGUACUUUGAUAUUCAAUAUAAGCGUCAUGGUGAUAGAGAAUGGCUUUCCAGUUCCACUGGCGUUCCCGUAAACUCAAGUCCUUAUCUAAUUACCGACCUCAGUCCAGCCACUUGGUACAAUCUACUAAUGAAAGCAGUAAACGAAGCAGGCUCAACAGACGCAGAAUACGUUUUUGCCACCUUGACCUUAGACGGAACCCUUAUACCGCCCUUGUCAGUAAUCAAUGAACUGGAAAAUGAGCCAGCAAACAAGUUGACUUUCACCUCCAAAUGGGUUGUUCAACAGUUGAACCUGAUUCUUCCAAUUCUUUGUGGCCUCGGAGUCCUGACCUUGGGACUUAUUGUCAUUUGCUCCCUGCAAAUGAGAAAAUCUUUCAUAGGUAACCAUUCAGAUCCAGAUGGACUUUCAACUUCUGCUGGACUGGGUGAGAGUGUUUACAAGAUAGACAAUACUGCCAACAACGACCACCUAGGUUCACCCAUUACCUCAAGUGGAAAUCAUUACAAGACUGAGACCAUAAGCACCGAAGUAAGGUCAACCUGUGAUCCAACCCUGACCGUCAACAUAACUGGAGGUGGACUUGGAGCCGGUCUUGGAAGCUGUCGUCAAACUGUUGCUUCUUCAAAUGCAGCAGCAACCUCAAUAUAUUAUCCUUCACCUUAUGCCUUAUCCCGAAUCGAAGAGUAUCGAACCCAAGAGUAUGGUAACAAAUGUGAUGAAACUUACAAACUGAGUCGAUUAGCGCGACCACCUGGUCAGAUAACAUCUUAUCACGACUAUGAUACACCAAUAUUUUUAAAGCGAGUCAAUUUAAAUUCAGUUUCACCCAGCCUUGAAUAAUUGAAAUGAACUCAAAUUCAAAGCAAAAAGUAAAAAAAAAAAGUACAAUUGGGACCAACAAUUUAAAUGCUCAAUCACCAAUCACCAAUCUUCCACCAAAAAAUUUCAUUUCAUUCUCUCAGAUACUUAUUCACAACGCAUGAUGUAAACAUGAAAAUAUCGAGCACUUUAUCAUUAUGCAUGUUAAUCAACUUUCAUUUUUCCAUUCAUCAACUUCAACGUUGAAUGAGAAGCCAAAAAGAAGGCUUAAACAAGCUUACAAGAUUACAAAAUUUUCGAUGAUCUUACAAAAGGUUUUCAAAGACUGUUUUGCUUGAUAAAUUGUUCAACUUUGUUUAAACUGUUAAACAACAAGCUAACAAGGCAAAAAGACUAAUUGGUUUGUCGAAGGUUUUGUCCGAAGUGGAAGAAAAGCAAAAACUCACUACAAUGGAAUCAACCAUGAAGAAGUUAUAUCAGACACACUCAUGAGGCUAAAACUCUCAGAAUGUGAAUUCAGCAGAAAUGAAGCAAAUGAUGGAAAUCCUUCAAUCACGUUUCAUCAGCAUUCUCAUCUUUCCCACUUGGUCGAAUCAAAAAUUCAAUCGAAAUCCAAGUUUCAAAAAGAGACGAAAAUUUUUCGCAAACAUUCAAAACAUCAUCAGAAAAGUUAUUUGUUUUCAUUGAAAUGUUAAUUGUUUUGUUUCUAUAUUGUAAUAAUUUAACCUCCUUUCAAGACCACAUGUAAAGGUCAACAAAAAGGAAAAGUUUCAAAACUCAGAAUUACCAUCCAAAAGCUUUCAUAUUUUGCCUACCAAAUUGUUUACAUGUAAUGCCGAAAUAGAAAAAAAAAUGAUCGAAAGUUUCAACCGAUAAAGAGAGAAAAAGAGGAAAAAAUCUUUUUCCACUGCACAUUCAUUAUUCAUCACAAUGUUGACAAACCAAUUUUUUGUGCUCAACAUUUUCAUGGACGAAAAUAAUUUGUUCAAACUGUUAUCCUGAUUCACCUUUAUUCACACUUUUUCAUAUUAUGUACAAAUACCAUGUAACUUUGUGAUAAAAAAACUUUUUCUCUUUUCUAUCAAAUAAAGAUGAAAAUGUCUCCAAAUAAAAAGUGAAAUUGCUUCUCACCAACAA